GUCAUCAGCCGCGACGAAAACAGUUGUGGGCGCGCGCCUCUUAUCUCUAAACUUGAACAGUAAAAUUGAGGCAGUGAAUAAAACUGUAGGUUGUGGUCGUUGAGUGUGUCGGCGUUAUCAUAUUACCCAGAGGGAUAAGAUCUUGUUGGGAAAGUUUUGAUGAAAUUACUGUAAAGCCUGUUCUUUCAGCAGGAAGGAAGAAGCAGCUGCCAUUUACUGUAACAUCUAAAUGGAUACAAAAGAGGAUAUAUGUGACUUAAGUAACAUCGAGAUAGUGACUGUAACUAUUAAGGAGGAGGAGGAGGAGGACUGUGAAUGGGAGUCCGUCUACUCCGAACAGGACAGUCUCAGCAUUAUGGAUGAGAAUUUGGAACUGGUGACUGUGGGCAUUAAAGAAGAAUCUGAGGAGAUGUCUGUCAGUACAAAGAUGAAAAAGCACAAAGGUGUGAAGCACACCGAUUGCAAUGUGAGGUGUGAAUCCUUACAGUCUGACACAAAGCGGACUGCAGAAAUUUCAUCUGUUAGAACUAGGAAACAACAGCCAUCACCUGCAAAUCAGUCUGGAGAAAGAUCAGAGAUUUUGACACCAACUACUUUACACUGGAAUUCUCUUCCUGUUGUGAAACUAACCAGGACAGAUCAAAGGAUCACUUCACAGCAGAGGUACAAUACAAACUCAUCUGCUUUGUCCGUUUUCCAAGAGCAGAAGGAAGGGUUUAAACAAAAUUCUAAACACAAUGAUAAGCAGGACUUUCCUACAAGAAAGAAGCCACAUUGCUGUACUGAAUGCGGCAAGCAAUUUUUGUGCAGUAGCCUACUUAAGAAUCACAUGAGAAUUCACACUGGUGAGAAGCCAUAUUGCUGUUCUGAUUGUGGCAAGCAAUUCUCACAAAUGAGCCACCUGCGGACACAUGCAAGAAUUCAUACUGGAGAGAAGCCAUACUGCUGUCCAGAAUGUGGCAAGCAGUUCUCUCAAUCGGGCAGUCUUUAUAACCAUAGAAGAAUUCACAGUGGACAGAAGCCAUAUUGCUGUACUGAAUGUGACCAACGAUUUGUUAGCAGUAGCAGUCUUCACAUACACACUAGAAUUCACACAGGAGAGAAGCCAUAUUGCUGUACUGACUGUGGCAAGCAAUUCUCAAUAAUAGGCAAUCUUCGAGCCCACCAAACCAUUCACAGUGGGCAAAAGCCACAUAGUUGUUCUGAAUGUGGAAAAGAGUUCUCAAAGAUAGUCAAUCUUAAGAAACACAGAAGAAUUCACAGUGGAGAAAGGCCAUAUUCCUGUUCUGAAUGUGACAAACGAUUCUACAGCAGUAGCAGCCUUCGAAGACACACAAGGAUUCAUAUUCGAAUUAACAAAAAACUUCCAGGUCAAUCUUGACCAAUUACCAUAGCUUCCUACAAAUUGCAAAACAUAAUGUUAUUGGAAUCAAUGCAGGCACUAUGCCAAGUUAUUACUUUAAAUUCAUGGGAAUCAGAGCUACAGCCACGUAAAAGUAACAUCAUGCUUCAAGAGUAGGGUUGUCAUGAUGCCAAAAUUUCAAACUUCAAUACAAAUACCAAGAAAAGUAUUGAAAUUUGAUACCAAUUUCAAUACCCAUUGCAGUCUAUAAUGUAACUCAAUAAAAAUGUAUUUAAAUAAACUACAAUUCAGUAUGCAUAAAAAUAAUAAAUUUAGUCAUUAAAUGGAAAUACUUGAAGUAGUGCAAUCUUUUGUAAAAGGUAGAAGGUAAAAGUUCUGUAAUA